UUCUCAUCGCUCGCGGUUCGCUACAUGUCGGUCGCGUAAGUCGCAUCGGACGGAACCCAGAGAGCUCUCACAUCUGUGGGUGUGUGUGAGCGCCUGAACCGAAGUUCGUAUGUAAUACGCGAGCCGUCGUCGUGGUCGCCGUCGUCGUCGUCGUCGCAGAGAGAAAGAGAGAGAUAGGGAGAGCCAAAGCCGCUAUCUCGUUCUUGGGCUCCUUGUUGGCUGAGCAGCCACUGCUUUAGCUCUCACGGCGCGCGAGAAGAGAUUGUGUCUGUGUGUAUCUCCUGCGGGGUGCGAACCGUAAACGCCAUUUUAGCUCGAGCAAGUGUAUUCUGUGUACUGUGUUGUGUCUGUGAGUGGUGUAAAGAGAAACCUCAUCGCCAUAGGCUUAUCGUUAACCGAGUGCGUAGCUCUUGAGAGUGAAUACACACGACUCGACGCCAGUCAUCCGUCAUGCGACAGCACCGGACAUUAUGGUACCUAUAAAUCGGUGAGCCGUCAACUCGGCGUCACCUCGGAGAAAGACAAGCGCAUCAGCACCUCUGCCACUGCAGGAGGCAAUUGAACAAGAAGAAGAAUGCCGCUACCUAAGCGAGUAGUGGAGCCGGUGCACGUGGCACGUGGCACGAUACCCGAGGACUUCCCAUUGCCGUCGGAACUGGAGGCAGUAACGAAUGGCACCCUGGCCAACACGAUCAGGCAGCUAUCGAGUUUGUCGAGGCACGCCGAGGAUUUGUUCGGCGAGCUCGCCAAGGAGGCACACAACCUGAGCGAUCGUGCUAAUUCGCUUCAGGCGAGGAUCGAUAGGCUUGCCGUCAAGGUCACUCAGCUCGACAGCAAUGUCGAGGAAGUUUCGCUACAAGACAUCCAUAUGCGCAAGGCCUUCAAGAGUUCCGUAGUGUUCGAUCAGCAGGUCGUCUCAAGGGAUACAAUGCCCACUGCUAUGCUCGAGACUUACCAACAGUGCGACAUGCCGCCACCCCUUGACAAGCUCAACGUUUACAGGGAGGACGGAAAGGAUGGUUUGAAGUUCUACACCGAUCCUAAUUACUUCUUCGAGCUGUGGAGCCAAGAGAUGCUUAAGGAUACCGAGAAAAAAUUGCACGAUCGAGGCAAGAAGACCGAGUCAGAAUAUGCCGAACCGUUCAGAGAGCCGCACAGGCCUCGGAACGACGGUGGAAGUGGAGGAGGAGGUAGCAGACACAAGAAACGUGUAAGGCAGCCGCACAAUACUCGCGAGCGUCAACGACAAAUUGCUGUAGGCCAUGGCGAAUACAUAAUGCCACCGCAAGGAAUUCAGUACCGAGCGCAACACGCUAUUCCCGACGAAGCUUUACUUGGUAUGGUGAUGACGGAUCCACGACCACCACGGCCCAAUAGCAUCGAGUUGAGGCGUAGCUAUCCGCCUGAGGAACAUCAACUCUACAGCCCGCCUAUAACUGGGCACUACGGCCAAGCGAAUUAUGCCGCUCAGUUACAAGGCUACGAGGAUAGCGCGUACGGUUCACACUACGCACCUGGCCAAGGCCACUCAGGAAGCGACACUUACCAGAGUCCUGGAGGUCCAGGAACACCAAGUCGAAGGAAUAGGCCAUCGCAGCCACCACCUGCACCUCCCAGCAAUGCGUCUAGCAACUCGACGCCGACAAUUGCUUCGGCGAACAAUACACCAACUAGGGGCAGGUCCAUGAGUACUGGUAGGGACACUUUACCUCCACCACCGCCGCCUCCUGGUGAAACUAUGUCGCCACCUGCGAUGAAUGGUGCUUUACCAUCGCACUUGCUCCAGAGAAACGGUAGCCGUUCGAACAGUCCGCUGCCGAAUCAUCAGUCAACGCCCACAGCGGGUAUGAUUCACAUAGGUCAGAUGAUGCCAAUGGGGACCGAUGAAACGGAAUCGGUGGCGCAAGAUCUUCCACCACCACCUCCGACUCCCGAUCCUGCGCCACCUCGACCAGUUUCGCCACCGUGCAAUAUACCACCACCCCCACCGCCACCACCUCCGCCGCCAAUUUCCAAUGGUCCACCACCGUCGCUUAGUCAGAUGCCUAUUACUAAUGGCGACAUCGCUAAAAUGAUCGUCAACAAUCCACCAAUUCUCAAGCCAGUCAAGAACAUCAUUGAUGGCCAGCUAAGGAAGCCCAACAAUCCCAAUAUACCUGCUGUGGUCGACCCGAGGAACGAUCUACUAAAAGCUAUUCGAGAUGGUAUUAAACUGAGAAAGGUAGAGAAAAAUGAACAAAAAGAAGUAGAGCGAGUAAAUGCACUGAAUGACGUGGCAUCUAUCUUGGCUCGACGAGUAGCAGUGGAAUUCAGUGACAGCGACUCAGCUUCCGAAAGCGAGUGCGAUAGCGAAGGUUGGGGCGAACAUGAUACAACCGCAACUAAUGCCGCGUGACCCUCCACUCUCACAACAAGGGUCUCAGCUGUUUAAAGCCGAAAGGAAAUGGACGCCUUGUGUCGUUUGCUUGUUCGGAUUUGUCGAUUAUGCAGUAAAGUGUUUGUGCGUGCGUGUCAUACACGGCAGAUAAUCUCAGUUUUCGUUGUGGAUAACGUUAUACUGCACAGCUCAUUAAUUUAGAUGUUUUCCAUAUUUUUCAUUGUAAUUGUUUAUGAUAGAGCUUCAAUAUCAAAAAAUAUACAAAUAUCUUGAGGAGAAUUAAUAUAUUUAUACAAAAAUAGUUUUAUAUUUAAUGAAAAAAAAAGUUCCAACUUAGUUUUUUAAUGUUUCUGAAGUGCUAAAAUAGAAAAUAUUUAAUUUUUUGUUUGUACAAAUUUUGCACGAUAAUUUCGUACUUCGUCGGUGAUUUUUACGAUGUUCAUGUAUUAUUAUUAUUGGGUAGUAGAUGCUUGUCAAUGUUAUUAAUCCAUGUUUUCGUAUACUAUUUUGAACGUAACUAUUUCAAUUUUUAAUAAUCGAAUAAUGAUUCGCACAAAUGUGAAUACAUAUUUCUUAGAAAUAACGAAAACUGCGGAUUUCUGCAAUCAACCGAUAAAACGAUUAUACAAACUAUUCACACACUUCGCUUUGAUAUGAUACUGUAGCUAGGUAGGUGACAUUUAUUAACUACCAAAGUAUUGCCGAACGUUUCUUCUUAAUCUCAUUAAAGCAAGUAUUUCCAUGUUAACGUAAUAAAUGAGCUCUCAAACUUAUACUAUUGAACUUUUAUAAAAAUGCCAAGAUUAUUUUAUAAUUAUUUUUAAUAUUUGUGGCUAUGUUUGCAUUUUAAUUACUCCAGAGAGCAAUAUUUUUCAUAACAAAUCGCAUUUGAAGUUGUACCGAAUUCGCGAUUGAAUUUCGGUACGGCAACUAUUGUUUUGUAAAAGAAACUUACUUUUAUUGUUGAAUAGAAAUAGUUUUAAAUGUGUACGAAGGACAAACGUAAUGAAAUCUAUAACGCACAGAGAAUGAAAAUGUUUGAGAAAAAAUAAGAAAGUACGUGUCUCGGCACAUUCCGCAUUCCGCGUUUUUCGCUUUUUUAGAUUAUUUACUUACCCAUGCUUAUAACCGAACGUAAAUAAUCUAGUCUCAGAUAACGCAAAUUAAGAAACAAAAUGGUAAUUAUAUAAAUAACAAAAGUUACGCAAAAAGUGUUUCAAAAAGUUUUGAGUCAAACCAAAAUUUUUCAUUAAUUAUAAGACGCAGUGAAUUUAUAAGUAAUCGAACUUUUUUUAGAGAAAUAUUUUUAGUUCUUAAUAAAUUCCAUCAAAAGAAGAGAGUAAAGCAUUAUAUAUAAACUGUUAAUCUAUGAUGAAUGAAUGUAUCAAUCAAUAUUUCUUGGAAAAAAGCAAAAUAAUUGUGAUUUAUUUCCAUCGAUAAUGCUAAAAUUAAGGAACAAAUGGGAUCUGGAGUGCGUAUAGCUAGAGGCAAGGUAACUAAAAGAAUAGCAGGAGGGUGUCGCAUAAAGAUUAUAUAAGCGAGAAAAAGUAUAUCAAAUAGAUAUAUUAUAUCAGUCGUUAAGAUUAUAUAGCCAUGAUCUUACAUGUUGAAAUAAUGCUAAUCGUACUUUGAGAAAUAAUUUCGAAGAGAAAUGUAUGAAAAAAAUUCUGUCUUCGAAAAAAAAACAUCACAAUAGCUAUAUAAGCUACAAUAACCGUGAAAGUUGUAGUUCACGGUAAAAGAGCCUUGAAUAGGACAGAUUUUGUAUGCAUGUAGCGACAACUGAACCAAUGCAUGUUUGAAUAUGGUAAAGCGACGUCAAAAUGUGGUUAAUAUAUUGGCAUCGUCUUCGUUCUUAAAAAGUUUUUGUAUAGAACCGAGUGUAUAUCCGAAUCGUACGAAUGUGUGGGUGAUUUUUUUCGUGCAUCAGGCAGAAGGAUUGUUACAUACCGAAUCCUUGAAGGAUUCAGCAUUAAUGUGUGAUUCAUUGGCAACGACACCUGUACAUUUUUUCUUCUUUCUAUCGAACGGCGAUUUAACCGAAAGAAGCGCGCCAGUUAUAUGAAAGAUUAUAGUAUAAUGUAGGCGAUUAAUUGAUAAUUUUUUCUGUAACAUGUUUAUGUAUAAAUAUAAAAUUUAUAAUAAGCUCUAUAUAUAUAUGAGAAUAAAACAUGAAACUCUCUACUGUAAGAACUUUAGAAUUUAUAAGUAUUUUAGCUAGACAUGUAACUCGCCAACUACUCUACAGUAUUUAACAGGGGGAAAAGUAGUAAAAAGAAACGGUUUAAUCUGAAAAAACUUGGUGAAAUGUCGAUUAUUUUCCAUGAGACGAUAAAAUCUGAGCUACCUAUGUUAUCUGUUUUUAAAACUUCAGCCCACACAAACUAUCGAUUAAUGUUUAAUCGCUGUGAAUCGUGAUCUUAUAAAAAGAAAUAUCUAAAUGUUACUGAAGAGAAACAGUUUUUCGAUACAGCUUUGUAAAUGGUAAAAAGAGGAAAUUUCAUACUGUAUUUUUCAAGUGAAUUUUCCGUCAGUCCAGCUUUUUCGAUACAAACAAAACGCGACCCCAUUGCCUUAGGGCUCUUUAGACUCAUCUUCAUUGUAGCGUGAAAAAAAAUCAGCGGUCUUUUAAACAUUUAUUGUUUUUAACUUCUCGAUGUCUGUGGUUUAUCUCUUGUGAGCGCUGGAUUUGCAAUUUUAUAACGGGAAAGGGUAAAAAUGGGAAUAGGGGCGAGUGAAGCAAUCGCAACAAGAUGUAUUUAUUCAAACGGAUGAUAAUCAACAGAAACGAGGUAAUCAGAAUUACAUGUCCCGUAAUGCAACAUAAACGCGCAGUGAUCGCUACAAUAAAUACGAGAAAUGAAAAAUAAAUUAAUGAUUGUAUCACUACUGUCGUCAUUAAUACAUUUGUAGUAAAAAGAAAACAACUGUACAGAGCCGAAUAAAA